AUGCCUCCCAAGAAGACUGGAAACGUUGCGGCUGAUGGUGUCGACGGUACCGCGGCUGGAGCCGUCACCGCCCUGUGCCACAUGAUCAUGAGCUGCGAUGAAUUCAAGGCCGACAAUACCAAGCUCGCUCCACCCGUUAGUUUUUGGCCCCGGAAGAUCAACUCCAUCGUCAACCCGUACGGAUUCAAGUUCAAAGAUGGCAAGAUGAUCUCUCAGUCCAAAGCUCAAGAUGGUGCAGCUGGUCCCAGCGACGACACCAGCGCUGCUGAGGAAGGCAAGGACGACAAGAUGAAGAAGGCCACAAAGGCCCCCAAGCCCCACGCCAAGGCUCGGCAGGGUCCCGCGAAGAAGCGCAAGCUUGCUGUCAGCUUCCCCGACGAGGAUGACAGCGACCAUGUCAAGGAGGAAGAUGGUGAGGAGGUUUGA